AUUUUGGCCCGAGAGUCCUCUGCUGGGCUAAUUAGAGCGGGCGGCUGCAGCACCGUCUCGAUGGGCCGCAAUAGCGCAAGCGAAAGCAGUGGCAUCCAGGACGAGUUGCCCCCCUCUGUAACCAGCUGGUUGCUCGGUCUGCUUGACACGGCCUACGGCACGCAAGCGUACCUGAAGAAAGUGUUCCUUCCUUGUCUGAGGCAUUGGACUGAUGGGUGGGGCGACCUCACGGUGAUAGAGCAGCUGUAUUCUGAGUCCAGAAGUUUGCUCGAGCGACAUGCGCGGGGUCCUCAGAACAAUGCGGCAUUUGUGACUGUUCAGGCUCGUUCUGAGCGUGCGGGGGGGCGCGCAGUCUUGGAAGGGAUCGUCUGGAGCCCGCUCCACGCCUUCCUGCCUGAGGAGGCGGUCAGGGCACCAUUCCAGGCGUGGCUGCCGCGAGGAGAGCCGUGGGCAGUAGUGGUUCUCUGCGGGGGCACUGCAGACGAGACGUACCUCCGUUGCUCCAGCACGGCGUUGCAUGUCUGUUGCCAACGAUGCCGUUUUACGGUUCAAGGAGACGGAAAGGACAGCGAAUGUCGGCGGAUCUAA